GCCGGAGUGAGCGGCGGCACCGGCACCACCACGAUGCCAGUGAGCCUCUCCACGGCCCUGCGUGUGGUCGGGACCAGCCUCUUUGCCCUAGCAGUGCUGGGGGGCAUCCUUGCUGCCUACGUCACCGGGUACCAGUUCAUCCACACAGAGAAACACUACCUCUCCUUCGGGCUCUACGGGGCCAUCCUGGGGCUUCACCUCUUCAUCCAGAGUGUCUUUGCCUUCUUGGAGCACCGGCGCAUGAGGGGCGAGGGGCAGCCGGUGCGGCCGGGGCGCUCGGUGGCCCUCUGCAUCGCUGCCUACCAGGAGGAUCCCGACUAUCUGAAGAAGUGCCUCCUGUCUGUCAAGCGCAUCGCCUUCCCCGAUCUCAAAGUGGUGAUGGUGGUGGAUGGCAAUGGCCCCGACGACACCUACAUGCUGGACAUCUUCCACGAUGUGAUGGGCUCUGAGCGCUCUGGCAGCUACAUCUGGAGGAGCAACUUCCAUGCAUGGGGCGAAGGGGAGACGGAGGCCGGGCUGCGGGAAGGGCUGGCCUCUGUCCAGGAGCUGGUUCGUGGCACCACCUACUCCUGCAUCCUACAGAAGUGGGGUGGGAAGCGUGAAGUCAUGUACACGGCAUUCCGGGCGCUUGGAGACUCCGUGGACUACAUCCAGGUGUGUGACUCAGACACAGUGCUGGACCCCGCCUGCACCACUGAGAUGCUCCGAAUCCUGGAGGCAGACCCCCGCGUUGGUGGCGUUGGUGGAGAUGUCCAGAUCCUGAACAAGUACGACUCGUGGAUCUCCUUCCUGAGCAGUGUGCGGUACUGGAUGGCCUUCAACGUGGAGCGUGCCUGCCAGUCCUACUUCGGCUGCGUGCAGUGCAUCAGCGGACCCCUGGGCAUGUACCGCAAUGCGCUGCUGCAGCAGUUCCUUGAGGACUGGUACCACCAGACCUUCCUGGGCAGCAAGUGCAGCUUUGGGGAUGACCGGCACCUCACCAACCGCGUGCUGAGCCUGGGCUACCAAACCAAGUACACCGCUCGCUCCAAGUGCCUGACGGAGACACCCACCCGCUACCUGCGCUGGCUCAACCAGCAGACCCGCUGGAGCAAGUCCUACUUCCGUGAGUGGCUCUACAACGCCCUGUGGUUCCACAAGCAUCACCUCUGGAUGACCUACGAGUCAGUGAUCACUGGCUUUUUCCCCUUCUUCCUCAUUGCCACUGUCAUCCAGCUGUUCUACCGUGGCCGCAUCUGGAACAUCCUCCUCUUCCUCCUGACGGUGCAACUGGUUGGCAUCAUCAAAGCCACCUAUGCUUGCUUCCUGCGAGGCAGCGUCGAGAUGAUCUUUAUGUCCCUCUAUGCCCUUCUCUAUAUGUCCAGCCUCCUCCCUGCCAAGAUCUUUGCCAUUGCAACCAUCAACAAGUCAGGCUGGGGCACCUCAGGGCGCCGGACCAUCGUGGUGAACUUUGUGGGGCUGCUGCCAGUGUCGGUGUGGGUGGCAGUGCUGCUGGGCGGGCUGGCCUACACCGCCUACAGCCAGGACCUCUUCAGUGAGACUGAGGUGGCCUUCCUUGUGGCAGGAGCCAUCCUCUAUGCCUGCUACUGGGUGGCCCUGUUCACCCUCUACCUGGCCAUUGUCGCUCGGCGCUGUGGCAAGCGGCAAGAGCAGUGUGGGCUGGCCUUUGCCGAGGUGUGACCGUGGUGAGCACUGGGGUGACUGCUGGUCCCCUCCCUGCCAGUGCUGGGCAGCGCUGAGCGCUCCCUCCGCAGCCUUUCUGCUCAAGUCUUGCUCUUUGUUCUUUUGGUUUGUUUUAUUCUUUUUCCUUCUGUAAAAAGCAGGGAGAGGCCGAGCCGGGCUGGGCACAACUGCAGUGGUGCCUCUGUGCCAUAUCAGUGUGCUGUGUGGAGCACUGCUGGCUGUGCUCCUCCCACCCCACCUAGAUCCUUCUGCCCUUUGGUGCUUUUUAGGGGGCCUUCCUGGUGUCCCCUUUCAUCAUGGUGCUACGGCAAAACAGCCUCCACAUGGCACCGGUGUCAGCACCGCUGGCUGGUGCUGCCCAUCUCUGCCCUAUGGUUCUUGUAUGUGCAGGCACGUACCCAGUGGGGGGCACGUCCCCUCCUCCCCCACCCCAAACAGCUCUCUCCUCCUUUUAGAGAGGUCUGGCUGCCCCAGGAGGGCACCAACUCCCUUCAGCUUUGCCAAAGAGCCAAGGGAGGGGACCCUAACACGUGGAAACCAGGGCCAAAUCAUGGCCCCAUCAUCCCAAUGCCGCUGAGAUGCCAGAUCUGGGGCUCAGUCAUGUAGACGAGGGCGGGGAAAAAACAGUUCCCACCUUUCCCUUCCCUGGGAAGGUCCCUCUGGGCCCUCUUUUUCUGUUUCAGGGCUUGAAAUCUUUUUACACUCAAGCUUUUAGCUUGUUUUGUUUAAUUUAAUACAAUUUUUUUUAGGAGACUUUUGUAGCUCUUUGGUACUCAUUGCUGAUGGUUUGUAAAUCUAUUUAUUUUUUAACCUGGGGGGGUGGUGUUGUUUUCUUAUUUUGAAAAGUCUGUUUUUAUAUCCUGGGGGAUUUAGCAAAAUAAAUAAUUGCACAGAGAAAA